GUUCAAACUCAGAAGUCAGACAGUAUACGCUUGACAGAGGUGCACACCGAUGUUACUCACCGAAUGUGUUUCUGAAUCGCUGACACCGACAGCGUCGCUUUUUUUCCCCCCCCCUCACCUCCAUUUCUUUUUAGCCCAGUGAUCCAGUUUUGGGAAACUAAAGGUUAGUUGUUUUUCGUGUGCUUCGAUCGUGUGAAGUUGUUCAAACAGGGACAGCAAGGUUUCGCGAGCACAGCAACUGGAGUCCUGGAAGAGGGGAGGAUUUUCCAAGAACCGGUUUCCUUGUCGGUUUGGUUGGAGUUUGACUGCUGUCAUGUACAGUUAGUUGACAGUUUACAUGUUCAAAGGAAAGGGGAGAGUAAGCUUAUGCUUCCUUUCAUCCUUCUCGCCGGACAUCUAUGGAGAGGGGGUCCCGUAUGCUCUCGCGCAGCUCUUGGAGUUACUUGGGGCCGACGCAGCACCGAUAGUGUUGAUUUUACCCACCUGGAUAGCAGAAGACGACACACAUAACCUCAUUUGAAUGCCUUUGCAAGGAGUCUGCUGGUUUCUGUGCUGCAGGCAGGGCUUCAGUUUGCUCGGACGGGACUAUGGGGAGAAAGAGGAGGAAGAGUCUUUUGAAUUGCGCAACAAGGAGGACUUGACUCCCAAUGGACGGAGUCCAGCUGAGGUGACUGUUUCUCAACCGACUCGCACAGCCAACGGAACAAACGGACACACUGUCUCGGAGGGCUCUGAAGAGAUGAAGAGCCUGAUCAUUGAAAAGAAUAAGAUGGGCCUGGAGGAAGAGUCUGAACUGCUGGUCAAAGGAUGGCUGCUACGGGAGGUGAGAGGCAACUGGAUCAAGCAGCGCCGGUACUGGUUCGUGCUGAGCCAGGACUCCCUGGACUACUACAGUGGACCAGAGAAAGGGGCCCGCAGACUAGGAACACUGGUCCUCACCAACCUCUGCUCUGUCAUCUGGCCAGACAAGCAGACGUACAAGGAGACGGGCCACUGGAGUAUCACUGUGUAUGGGAGGAAGCACUGCUACAGGUUGUACACCAAGCACUUCAACGAGGCGGUGCACUGGGCAUGUGCCGUCCAGAAAAUCAUCGAUACCAAAGCACCAGUGGAAACGCCAACACAGCUCCUGAUUCGAGACAUCGAGGAGAAUAAGUUCAACCCUGAAGUAGUCGAGCACAUCUACCAGCACAAUCCUGUCCUGAAGUACACCCAGGGCCCCCUGUAUGCUCCUCUCCUGCCCUUCCCCUACGGCAGCCUGGAGCACACAUACCACAGCGGGAAAGGCUACGGCUCGGUGCGUGAGGAGGCCGUGAAGCUCUUUAACUGCCUGCAGCAGUUGGAGUCGGCACGAGAGCCGGUUUCCAUCAUCCAGGGCGUGCUGCAGACCUGCUUAGACCUGCGGCCCCUCCGAGACGAGGUCUACUGCCAGCUCGUGAAGCAGACCAGCUACACGCCUGCCCCGUACACUGCAGCUCACCUCCGCUACUGGCAGCUGCUCACCUGCAUGAGCUGCACCUUCCUGCCCGGGCCGAUAGUGCUCAAGUACCUUCGAUUCCACCUCAAGAGGAUCCAGAGCCAAAGUCCCGAGUCGGAGAUGGAUAACUAUGCGUCAUUCAUCAGCGAGGCUCUGGAGAAGACCAAGUGUCGGGAGUGUGUGCCAUCCUGGGAGGAGAUCCAGAUGCUGAUGAGCCGACAGGAGAUGCUGUGCACUGUGCACUACCCUGGUCCUGGAUCCUGCCAGCUCUACAUUAGCUCACACACGACUGCCAAUGAGGUGGUUCGAAGGAUGCAGGAGAAGCUCAGCCUGCAAGAAAGCAAAAACACGUUUGCACUGUACGAGCAGAACGCACUGUGGGAGCAGCCGAUCGCAGGCGGCACUCUGAUCGCAGACAUCCUGACCAGCCUCUCCUCCAAGGAGUCGGAGUCUAAAUCCCAGUGGAAACUCGUCUUCAAGCUCUACUGCCUGUUGGAUGCUGACAGCAUAUCAGUGGACAGCAUUGAGUAUCUCCUCCUCUUUGAGCAGUGUCAUGAGAUGGUGGUGCGUGGCCAGCUACCAGCCUGUGAAGAGGACCUGCAAGCCUUAGCGUCCCUGAGGCUUCAAUGUCUAAUGGGCGACUUCAGCACACACGCCCCGUGCCCGCCCCUCGAUGAGCUUUUCCCAGGUCACAUGCUCGAAGCCAGAGUCCUCAUGUCCCUGUCUGCACCCCAAGCCCUGCCUGCAUGCCAAGUGGCGGCACAGGGCUGUCCCGCCACACAGCGCUUCCUGCAGGGAACGCUGUGGAGCCACACGGCUACAGCGGCACACAAGCAAAAAGUGGAGCUGGACAUGCGUCUGCGGAGCCGGCUGAAGGAGGAGGCAGCGGCCGUCAUGGGAUCAAUCUUAGAGCGUUGGAAAGGUCUGGUUGGCUACAGCCGCAGGGACAGUAUGGCUGCUUACCUCACAAUUGCACGACAGUGGUCGGGCUUCGGAUGCACUCUGUAUGAGGUGGACUUUUAUAUUAGUUCAACGGGGAGUUUUUCCCAGAAGCUGUGGUUGGGUGUAGCUGCUACAUCCGUUUCUCUGUAUCGGCAGGGAGAGGCAGAUGCCCUGGAGUCCUUCCCCUAUGGCCAGAUCUGUUCCUAUGGGGUAUCUGAUAGCAACACUUUCAAGAUCACAGCUGGGGAUCGGGAUCUGAUGUUUGAAACCACCAAGCUAACUGAGAUCAUGCAGCUGAUGAAUGCGUACUUCAGUGCCAUCCGUCGACAGCGAGGGAAAGGGGAAGACGCUGACAUCACCAUGGUUUCCAGGCCGACGCCCACCCUUCUGGAGCUGCCCUCGCACCCUGUCUGAGUGGGACCCGUACCCUGGACAUUCCCUUUUACCCCCCACACACACCCCCCACCCCCCCCCCCCCCCACCCACCAUCAUCCUCCACGCUGCCCCUUGUGAGGCCCAGGCCCGGUCCUCUGGACACCACGCCUACUCCACUGGGAACGGCACGGCAGCCAAAACAAAGAGCGGGCUGUUUUCACUCCCCAUCCAUGAAAAUAAACCUUUGCUGAGCUUUCCAGCUGAAGGAACUGGCUGCUGGAGGACGGUUGGUGGGGGUCAGGGAGGGGGAGAGGAGAGGAGGGGACGGAAAGGCAAGGCAAGGGGGUUCUGUUUUGCGAGUGAGGCCCGAAAAACCCACAGAAACCAAUGUGGUUACUGAUGAGCUGUCACAUACCCUCCACACCAUCCUGUCAUGCAACCACCUCUGUUACCCUACAUGGAAAGCCCCCCCCCCCAUCCCCUACCUCACCCCAACCCCAGCCCUCCUUGACAAUGUGAGACUUUUGCAUGAGCCGUGCAUCAGGGAGAGAAAGCAUCACAAGAGUUAGAACUUAUGGCAACUACUAUAAGCUGUGUGGUACUCCCCUCGUGAAGGUAUGGCUUUGAGUGAAACACUACUCUGUCUCUCUCUUUCUCUCUCUCUCUCUCUCUCCCACUCAUUGUGCCAUAUUUGUUCUGCCUUUCCUAGAAGGCAGCCGUCCCUCAUGCACUGCUGGAAUAGUGUUGAGAACAUUCAAUGACACACACACACACACACACACACACCCUCCCUUGUCCUUGGCUCUCACUCUCUCUCUCUCUCUCUCUCUCUCUCUCGCACACACACGCACACAUACACACUCUCUCUUUCUCUCUUGCUUGCCCUUAUGCUGACAUGCUCCUCAGAGACGGUCAGUUUUCGUAAGGUCCCUGCCAGGCUUGCAUUACCUGGAACUGUUGAUGCAGUGAGCCAUGUGAACUUGGAGCUUGAAACAGAUGUUGAACUCUGUAGCUAAGUGACUUUGGCUGCCAUGUUCAUAUAGACUCUUACAGAUGGGAUUCUCUUCUGUGUGUGUGUGUGUGUGUGUGUGUGUGUGUGUGUGUGUGUGUGUGUACGCGUGUCAAUUUGUCAAUUUCCUGGAUGACACAUUGAGGGUCCGAGCUAGUUUUGUUUCAUAUAAACCAAAGGACUCUAAAGACGUUUCUUCCUUGUUUCCACCAAAUGCUCUCAUGUCACGUGUCUUUUGUUGUGCUGCUUGUCUUGGCUGUAAUCCUCCUCCUAAGACUUUAACACUUGACUGAUCAGAUGACUUUUUUUUUUCAGUUACUGCUCUAAUGCAGCUCUAUUCUGCUGAAAAUAACAGGUGCUUUACUGUUUGUUAUUGUUAUUUUCACAUUGUACAUAUAUAUUGGAAAAAGCUCAGCUUAAGAGUUCACAUAAAAACCCUUAAUCAUCAGAUAUCUGGAGAAUUAAAAGAAGAGACACCAAUAUUAUCCAUGCAGUUCCCCCCCCCCCCAUCCACCCCCUUUGCUAUUUAAACCGACCUUUUUUUAAUCAGGCCAUGGAUGCUUUUGUAGAAUUAUUUAUGCAGACUUUUUUUAAAUCGUUCUUUACGUCUUAAAUGCAGACCCAGUUGUUUUUCUUUGACAUAAGGUUCACCAAAAGCUACAAAUGCUUCUGGUUGUGUUCUCCUUUAAGCUGUUUUUGUAAAUCCUGUGUAGCUCCUUCUUUGUGCUCACUGUCUGAGUAUUCUUUUGAAGCCAAAGUUAUGCCAAGUCAUGGAUUUGAGCAUGGACCAAAGAUGUUUGUUUUUAUAAGCUUUCAUGAUCAGAAAUAAUCCCAAAGCAGACAGACCCCCCCCCCCCCUCCCCCUCCCCCAUUUAUUUGACUGUUUCUCAUUUUCCUAUUUCUAUUCUUUUAACUUGAAUGUCACACGAAUAUGAAGACAUCCCGUUGUAUACAUAGUUCACAUUAUUUUAAUGUAGUCAAUGACCUUUAAGGAAUCUGAGACCAUAGAUAGGCUUCUGUCAGUAUCAUUUUUAGAUUGCUGUCUGCUUCACAACCCCAUGCAAUAACUAGCCUGAAGACUUCUUCUCACCAUGAAAGGCCUUGACCCGUCGUUGCAGUCAGCCGUCGCCUGCUCAGACGCAGGUUUUCUUUUUUUUUUGCAUUUUCUACUGCAGCUGCAGGCAGCUCCAAGCUACAUGUAUGAAAAGAAAAAAAAGAAAUCAAACUGCGGACAUUGUUGCUUUGUAUUAAGCUUGUUUGUAUGCUGCAUGGUACCUUUUUAUGUAAUGAGUGUAUAGUUACUUGCACUAUUGUUUGUUUUUGACUAACUUGGAAGUGCAAUAAAGACAAUAAAUACUGUAUGUAACUAAUAAAACAGCACCAUUUUACCAUA